CAACCACUCUCUUCCACUCACUACUCCUCCGGACGUCAAACCAAGUCCUCUUGUAGUCUCAAGAAUGAACAAUCUAAGAUGUGGCAUCACAUCUCCUGCACAUUGACUAGUGUGCAGCAGGGGUCUCAAAGGUUCCCAAGUCCUUAUGAUCGACCGAAGAUAAAGGCGUGGCGCUGCGAACUUACUGCCCUGUCUACAUGCUACAAUUUAUAUUUUGUCGUUUGCAACGACACAAUCCACGUCUACAAUCCGAGCUUCCCAAAUCAACGCCUGUCCCACGAACCUGUGUUCAUAUUGUAUCCGCCGGUAUCAUCUCCGCAUCUCAGACCUAGUAUUGAUCCGGAAGAUCCUCAUUCCAUUAGUCGCAUACACAUCGACCAUUUGGGCCACGAAGAGAUAGUCUUGGUCGCUUGCGAUGACGGCGAUGUUGUCGGUUAUCGCGUGGAUGAGAUUCAACGCGCCUUAGAGCGUCGAUCAAAAUUCACAGAUGGAGGUUCGGAAGUCACUAAUGGAGACGCCGUCAAGGUGUUGUUUCACCACAAUGUCGGUGCCAGCGCCUGGGGCAUAGCUGUUCAUCAAGAAGCGCGAAUGAUCGCAGUUAGCGCCAACACCCACAACAUCACUGUAUUUGCAUUUGCUUUAACAAGUUCUUUGCAACAUCUGGACGAGUCAGGAUCUCAUGAUAAUAGGGUUCCUCUGAGCAACCAAAGCAGACUAGACUUGCAUGCUCCAAGACGAGAAGACCGUGUCAUUACCCUUCGCGCCGGCACAAACGUUCCCGCUGUAUCCUUUAAUAACAGUGGCAGCGACCCGUAUGGACGAUGGCUCUCCAGUAGCUCUAUAGAUGGAAAGACCAUUCUUUGGGAUUUGCAUCACCCGCAGGCACCAGCUCGAGUCAUUCAGCUGGGAUUCUGUGCAAGCGUCCAACACACAAACCAAGCUCCGAGGUUACCUCCUGGUAUGUGUCAUUGUCCAAGAUCCAGCGCAUUUCCUCACGGUGCCUGGGGAACUGUGUUCUUGGAUCCCCAUUCAGCUUAUGAAGAUGCUGCCGUCAAUGAACCGGCGCCUGCACACAUCUCCCCCUGCUUCCAAGAUGUAAGCACACAAAAGGCAGGGUUCUUUACCAAGUCCAAAGACGAUUUUUCAUCUACAGGAGUUCAAGAAACCGAGUCGUUUGAUGGAGAAUCGAGUGACAUGAUCUUGUCAGAUACCGAGUCCGGGGUGUCAGAAGAAGAUAUUUUGGAUUCGAGUACAGACAGCGCGCACGCCAACUUUCUCGAACACACACAAGAUGAUAAAAAUGAUGAAGCAAGUCCGGAAUCUGAUCAGACAUCUGUGGAAAGUGGUGAAGAGAUGAUACAUGACGACUCUUCGCAACAAAGCAGUUCGCAGCUGAGUUCUCUCUUCAUCCCAGAGCAGAGUCAAUCCGCAGUGCAAACUGUCGCAAACGCGAUUUCGGCUCAUGCAUCCAACACGCCACUACCGUGGUUUCAACCAUUUAACCAAGAAGUCGCUGCAACCAUGUAUGACAGUGAUGAUGAUAGCGAUACAAACAGCGAGAUAUUCAACAUAACGUUUGCUGCGGCAUAUUUACGACCUUCGAUUGGUGCGCGUCCCAAUCCCGCUUACUUCGAGGUUACAACUUCGCCUUCAUUUCAAAGUCAAUCCACUCAUCUCUCUACACCAUGCCUCAUUGUUACUAAAGAGGACAUAUUCCUCUUCCAAUGCCCUCUUGGCGCCCUCAACUAUCCUCUCGAUCCUAUAGUAACCAUGAGGAGACCACUUCACCCUCCAGACAAUCGGAGUGGAUGGGGAGGUCAGAUCUUACCGUCCCAUGAUCGCCUUUGCUUCUCUACACAAAUUCCUGAACUCGGCAUCUUUAUCGUCGCAACGCCUCACGGUCGGGCAGGAGUCUUCAGUCUAACAUGGUCAAAACAGAAAGACCGACCAGUCCCAACUUACAAAUUUCAACUCGAGUAUAUAUUGCCGUUUUCGAAAGACAACAACAAAGAGCUUUGGAGCGUUGGACCACACGUACGUUUGUUGGGUGUGGCUGUUGGUCCAGUACAGGGUAUGUUCGAUCAGUUUGAAAAAAUUGGUGAGGCAGCAGAUGGAGUAAGGGUGUCUCCGUCGAGGAGGUGGCGGCUCUUCAUGUACUUCUCGAAUCAUACUGUAGUGAGCUACGAACUUUCAAAGAUGAGAGUUGGCGAGUCACCGAGCUUAGGAGACUUGGUUGUCUAGGUGUUUCAAGAGGGUUUCACCGCCCAACGCACCAGGACAAUGGUAUCUCACACAAUCAUGGUACGGAGUUUUGGCAACAAUAGCGCCAGAAAUUCGUACAAGCGCAGGUUGUAGGGAGUCAAAGUUCUGGCUCGUCACUAUUAUAGCCUAGGAAACAUCCGAUGAGCAUAUAUGAUCAUUGCUUGAUGCAUGUUCAUAAAGUUGAGAAAGCAUGACUGUCUAUUUUCAUCCAAGAGAUCUUCAAUCGAGUUAGAAUGAUACUCGUAGUCCACUGCCUUACUUUGGACAGGAUCCGCUCAGGAGGGUUGAGCUUGUAUAGUUCUUCCAAGUGUUCUCACUCCCAAUACGGGCAAGUGCUAGCACUGGGGCUCUAUGGCACAUAGUUCGCAAUA